AUGACUGCGGCCACAGCAUCCCACAUUGGUCUCGUUGACGAGUACCUUGCCAAAGGAACAUGGAAGGUUUCUGAGAAUUCAAACUCGACAUACUCGCACCAGGGCCUCAUGCAGUAUGUCUCCAACCACAUCAUCUCCCAGUACUGGUUGGACAAGAUCUACACCGAGGAGAUUCGCAAGUACGACAGCGAGAAUCGUUUCCAUAUCCACGAUCUGGGAUUUUUGAGUGCCUAUUGCUCAGGAUGGAGCAUUGAAGAUAUCCUUCUUCAGGGAUUCGGAGGUGUCGAGAACAAGAUCCAAUGUCGUCCACCGAAGCAUUUGAACACGGCUCUCAACCAGAUUGUCAAUUUCCUCUUCACUCUCCAAGGUGAGCUCGCAGGAGCUCAAGCCCUUUCCAGCUUCGAUACCUACCUUGCUCCAUUUAUCCGAAGCGACAACUUGUCUUAUGUGGAGGUCUUUAAAUACCUGCAGAGUUUCGUCUACUCUUUGAACGUGCCAACUCGAAGCGGAUUCCAAGCGCCCUUCACCAACCUCUCUCUGGAUCUCAUCUGCCCGAGUCGGCUUGGCGAUCAGUCCGUGAUCAUCGGCGGAGAACUUCAUGAAGAAUGGGUCUACAAUGACUUUCAGGAAGAGAUGGAUAUGCUCAACAAAGCCUUUGCCGAGGUCAUGAUGCAAGGCGAUGGCAACGGCAACAUCUUUUCGUUCCCCAUUCCCACCUACAACAUCUGCGAAGGUAUCGACUGGGAGUCGCCUCGCUGGAAGUCCAUCUGGGAGAUGACAGCCAAGUACGGCGUUCCAUACUUUGCCAACUUUAUCAACAGCGACCUGGACCCUGAAGACUUUCGAUCCAUGUGCUGCCGACUUCGUCUUGACCUCAGCAAACUCCACUGUCGGGUUGGUGGUCAGUACGGUGCAAGCCCUUUAACUGGCUCCAUUGGAGUAGUGACUGUGAACCUGCCAAAUCUCGCCUACAGAUCCAACGGCUCUAAAGAAACAUUCUUGGCCGAGCUGUCAGAUACCUUGAGGGUUGCCAAGGACUCUCUGGAGAUCAAGCGGAAACUCGUUGACUCGAAUGCGGCUCUUUACCCAUACGCAGCUCACUACCUCUCUGCGACAAAGGGACGGACUGGAUCUUACUGGACGAACCACUUCAGCACCAUUGGAGUCAACGGCAUGAAUGAGGCCUUGGUUGCAUUGUUUGGAGAGACCAUCGCCAAGCAAAAGACGUUUGCUCUUGAAGUCUUGGACUUUAUCAAGGAACGCCUUCAAGAGUUCCAGACUGAGACGGGCAAUCUCUACAACUUGGAGGCAAGUCCUGCAGAGAGUACAUGCUACAAGUUUGCGCGACAAGACAAGAUCAUCUUCCCGGAUCGAAAGAUUCCGACCUUUUACACCAACUCGACCAUGCUUCCAGUCGACACUACCGAGGAUCUCUUUGAGGCCUUGGAUCACCAAGAGGACCUUCAGUGCUCAUACACGGGUGGGACUGUCUUCCAUGCGUUUCUGGGAGAGCGUUUGCCUGAGUGGAGGUUGGCUCGGGACUUGAUCAAACUCUUGACAUCGCGCUUCCGCAUCCCGUACAUCACCCUCACGCCAACUUUCAGUAUUUGCAAGACACAUGGUUACCGCGCAGGGGAAGAACCUGAAUGUUUGCUCUGCGGGGAGGAAUGUCUCGUCUAUUCUCGAAUCGUCGGCUACUUCCGUCCCACUAGAGACUGGAACAAAGGCAAAGCUGAAGAAUUCACUGCUCGCAAGGUCUACCGAUACAUCUCGGACUCGCCGCUGUCGGAAGCUGGAAAAGGAGAGACGAAGCUUCAGGCACUUGAACGCCAGGUUGCUGAGAUUGAUGACAUUCCCGUGGCUGGACACAUCAAGAGUACUCUGAGUGACUAUCCUGGCAAGAUGCAAGCCUCAAUCAUGUUUACCUCGCGUUGCAACUUGGCUUGUCCUUGGUGUCACAAUGGACCUGUUGUCAAUGGUGAGCGUGACGACGUGACAGCUCAAGAUGUCUUCAGACACAUCACUUCAACCUCUCACAAGUGCUUGGUCAUCUCUGGGGGUGAGCCAACCAUUCACAAGGGUCUCUUACCUUUUAUGCGACUCCUCAAGAAGGCGGGCGUGACCAUCAAGCUCGACACAAACGGAACUUCUCCCGAAGUACUGCGCCAGGUCUUUUCAGAGAAGUUGGUUGACUUUGUUGCAAUGGACAUCAAGUGUGCCUUGGAGAAGUACAAAACAGUCGCUGGCAAGAGAAUCAAGCCCAAGGUCCUCCAGGCAAGUAUCACUCUCAUCAAGGAAAGCGGAGUCCCAUACGAGUUCCGUACAACGGUCGUUCCAUCGCUUGUUGACAUGGAGGAUCUCUUUGAGGCGAAGCGCUUGGCUGGAGGGGAUUUGAAGAUGCAGCGUUUCCGCAAUGGUGAUACGAUCCUGGGAGAGGAUUACCGAGACUUCCCGGAACAUACAGAGGAAGAGUUUGAUGCUCUGGUCGCCCAGGUGGCCUAG